AUGAACAAGCAGAACAGAAUUCGUAGUUGGAAAGCACCAGCAUACUCUGAUGUAGUCAGCGAGAAAGCGAGGCACUUUGACUUGCUACUCCAGCGAUAUAACGGCCUAGAUUGGAUAGUGAAGCUCAAAGAUCACACUUCAUGUGUCAAUGCGCUCGCAUUCUCAUCAAAAGGCGGUCGCUGGCUCGCUAGUGGCGGAGACGACCUACGAAUAUUGCUAUGGGAUCAGCAUGAAACUCAGAUAACCAAGCCAUCUCAUACAUUUACUGGUCCACGAAGGAAUAUUUUCGAACUUGCAUUCACUGCCAACAACAAUUAUUUGCUUUGCGGUGGAGUGGAUUCGGCGAUCCGUCGCUACGACUUUCAAAGGGUUGGAGAGGCAUCAAACAUUGACCCUAUCCAUACCUUCCUACAUCACAAUGACAGCAUCCGAGGCAUCAGCCCACACAUCACCAAUGACGAGUUAUACAUAACAGCAAGUGAGGACGGAACGCUCUUCUAUCAUGACGCUCGAUCACCAGUGCCUGUCAACCAUCUCAUCUCACGGCACGGUUGGGUAGGCGUUCAGUUCCAUCCGCGGCUGGAGCAUCUCUUUCUCGGGGUACCGAUCGGGGACGCGGCAGGAUCACGCUUUUUGACGUACGAAAAUGCUUUGGUCAAGGAUAUGACAUCGAUAAUCUACGCCGUUCAAGCCAUUGGCGAGAAGCCUAUCAGCUCAAGCUUGUGCGAUUUAGCAUUUGACCGGACGGGAGAACGAUUCGCUACUGUCAAUCAGGGACAUUUCCCUACAGUUUAUUCCAUCUCAGACCCAUACCCAAUUGCGGUCUGUACGGCUGAACGACUUCCUUCUGGCGACCCAGUUCUUCCCCUCGAAAGAACAUACGGCAACAGUUGUACCAUCAAGCAUGUCUCAUUCGGUGGACCCUCGCUUUAUGGACACGGUAAAGGCACGUUUGAAGACACUGACCAAUUCCUCGCAACGGGCUCGGACGACUUUCGUGGGUACGUUUGGCGAUUACCGCCGACGUCGUACCUGUUAGCGAAGAGGGAAGAGAUGGAAGACGACAAUAACCAAUGGGAGUGUCCUCGAGGACGAUUUGGGUAUAUCAUGUCCGCGCUGGAUGACACACUUCGUCUCCCCGUGACCUUGAAUCAACCAGCCUUUCGACUCGGUGGUCAUCAAAGUAUUGUCAACUCUGCAAAAUGGCACCCAGAGUUGCCGCGGAUAGCGACAUGUGGUAUCGAGAGCAAAGUUGUGCUCCAUGACUGUGCGCCAGUGGUGGAAGGAGCCGUCAAGGUCGAUUCCUCGACGGUCAGAAAACGCUCGUCAAGGCUACGGACCAGGCCGAGGAUGCUCGAUGCACAUAGAGUGAUCACGGGCGAGGUGACGGAGGAUAUCAGCUCGGACGAAAACAGGAGCACCAUACUAUACUUUGACAGGCAAGAUCCGUGUUCCUUUCAUAGACACCUACUGAAAUACCGGCCCUCUAGCACGCUAGCAAAUGACGAGGUGAUGGAGAGGCGUUCGAGAAGCAUUUCAAUCAAUCUCGACGACGCUGAUUCAUCUGGUGAAGAGCUGAGAGGAGGUUCAGGGAAUAUCCCCGAGUCGGACGAGCUCUUGAUGAGCUACCACAACCGCGAACGAAUCAUGGCCCUUUUUGCACGACUGCUUGCAAGAUCCGCCUCUAGAGAAGCUGUCGACGAUGGGCUCUCGAGGAUGCUUGGGAUGAUCGAAGAUGGGGAGGAGCAAGAAGAGCACGAAAGGGAAGGUGACGAUGAAGAAGAUGACAACAUACUUGUUUCUUCGACCAUCUAUUUCGACAACCAAAAGCCGUUGGAGCCCCCAAUCCUAAAGUGGACAAUUUGCGGGCUCGUUUUACCCCUUCCCUCGGAUGUACAGAAGUCACUUCAGGAAGGUCUCGCCCUAGCCACUCUCGAAAAGACCAACGCUGCGAUCAUCUACACACUGCAUUUCGUCAGGGUUCUGUGCUUCUAUCUCGGCGUCAAACUUCCUUUCGAAGUUUGGUGGUCAGGAAAACAAGACUCUGUCGGUAUUCCCUACCUCAAGGCUGGGCCUGGACCAGCGAACGGAAACUGGGCAAAGUGGACGGUACCGUGCGCGCUUUACUUGAGGCAGAGUCUAGCAUCAGAAACGCCGCGGGCGUCAGUCUCUAUAGACGCGUACUGCAUCGCGUACGCAAUGCUCGCAUACAAUGUCUCAUAUCUCGCAUAUACCCAGUCGAUGUUCAUCCCGCUAUCCCAAUCCGCAAACAUUCUUGCCAACCUUUGGACCCUUUGCUCAGAUGACAAGACUAUCGGCCGAUUCUCGCACCAGUCUUCGUCAUCCUCGUAUGAUGCCAGCAAGCCAUCCGCUGUAUGGGCACCGGUCACUGCGAGCGGUUUCGGAACGAGUCACCCUGUUCAUCACGAUAGAAUCCUGGCUCCUCCAACUCCAGUCGAGUUUCCACUCGACUUUGAAGAGAUGCUGGAGGGACUAGCCGGGAAGAAAAUUCAACCUCCGUCGGAGUCGGCAGCUGUUGGAGAGGCGAUUAUAGAGGAAGACGGCUGGGUCAUUACUGACAACGCCUUUGAUUUUGAUAUGGAUAUUAGAUGA